UAAGUCAAAGCUGUUACAAAAAUCCUGGAUUGCUUGGAUGGUCCUUUUCUUACGGAGAAUGUCCCUACCACCUACUUUAUCGACCUCUGUGAAAGGACAGUUAAAGUCACCGCCUAGUAAAAUGUUGUUAGUACUACUACGGCGAAUGGGAUCCAUGAUUUUGUCAAAAAAGUUAACUUACUGGUUUUGGUCAUUGGGAGCAUAAAUAUUAACUAGACACAAAUUAUCUUGAUUAAUAUUUAUGUUGACGACGAGAAAACGUCCAUUUUUGUCCACAGCGAUUUCCAGAAUAUCAACGUUUAGGGAAGGCUUAAACAAUAUCAUUACGCCCUUACUGUGUUUGGAACCGUGCGCAAACAGGAUUUCCCCACCCCAUUCUGCCCGCCAUACAUCCUCCAAGCUAGGAUCGCUAUAGGUUUCUUGUAAGAAAAUUAUAUCAAAUCUAUUCAGAUGUAGCCACCGAAAGAGCUUCCUCCGUUUAAUUGACUUGUAAUUUUUUAACUUGCUAGCCCCACUGAACACUCUAGGAAACUUGACUUUUAGGCUCUCUACAAAAAUGUCCGCUCAUGACAUUACAGUUCUCUGUAACUGGACCCGGUACUUUGUUUACUCGUAGAACUCCUAAGUCAACCGCUGUCGAAUACUCCAAGAAACACUGCCCCUUCUUAACAACAAUGAAUUGCACAGAAACACUCACACUGUCCAUCGAAACAACUGAAGUAAAUUGCCCCAUAUCUCUAACUCGUGCCUCCAUGGCCAUAUAAGUUCUAAAUGGAAAGCGCCCUUAGGGCGCUUUCCAUUUAGUCAAAAUUUCCGGAAUUUCCGUUUCGGCGGUAAAUGGAACACGUUUCGUCGGUUCGUCCCACUGGAAAAUUCCCAGAAAAAGUGGAAAAUCUAAAAAGGUGGUCCCGUUUUCCCGGUUGGAAUUUCCGCACGGAAUGUCGUGUUCCAUUGACGUUUCUUGUAGUUUGUACCAGUUCCAGGUCCACGGUCGGGCACCCGGCCACGUACCGGGGUUUACGACCAAAUGGAACAACUUUUUACCGAUCGGAAAUUCCACUAUUGCUACCACCGAAAUUUCCGGGUUUUUUUCGUAAAUGGAAAGCGCCCUAAAUUACUCGCUGAUCCAGAAGCAACUAACACCUCACGACUAAUCCCCCCAAUGUUAACUACAACAACAGGAUCCUUAACACCUGUUAUUAUUCAUUCAAAAUAUUUCCCCAAUUCUGAUUGGCUAAAAGCCCACGCAUAAUUCACCAUAACCAGUUACUGAUGACCAAAUUGGAAGAAUUUUGUGUUUAACAAGGAAAUGACGUCAAAAAUGCAGCCAUCUACAGGUUAAUGCACCGUUAACCGAGAAGACCUGGGGACCAGAUUGAGUUGUUUUCGUUGUAAAAACUAAAAUAGCGGACACUUCACUCGUUUCAAAAGUAAGAACUACAGCUGGAACUAGGCGAAAUAAUGGCUAAAAACAUGGCAAAAACAGCAAGAAGACAACUCGGAGGACGACAUCUGCUAUUUGGAGAAUAUUUGCGGAGCUGAACAAACCUAAACGUAAACUAUCGAAGAUAAAGUUAACAUCGAUGCAGGUAAGCUUGUUUUAGCUAUGUUUUUAAACUAGGAAUUAUUUUGAAUGAAUAAUAAAACAAUUAUUGAAUUCGGCUUUCGUAUCAUAUGAAGAAUUAUGGAGAUCUCGGAGGGUGUUAUCCGGCGAGGCAGUAACACCCUCCUCGAUCUCCAUAAUUCUUCGUAAGAUACUCAGCCUCAUUCAUUAAUUGUUAAAUAAUGCACAUGUUACCUCUUCCACUAAAGGAGAAGCAAAUGAAUCUUACUCACCUGGUUGACCCUCAUCACACUCAACAAGAUUAGCACCACCUCUUUUAUGACUUUGUUUCUGACUGGAAUUCCUGUUUAAAAGUUGCUGGUCUGUCUCUUAUCCGCUCUCAUCUCUUCUAAGCUUCGAUCCACUCUUUUCCCCUCUGCAGCAGCGAGCCAAAUGACCGUACCUAUCACAUUUCACACACUUUCUCCCUCUUGGUGGACACUUCGAGUCGCGGACAAAAUGACCUUCCUUGCCACUGUUAAAACACGUUUCAACUUGUUUUGCUUUGACCGCAUUCGUACUCGCUUCCACAUCUUGAUUAUGAUAAGCCAUCUGCGAAGCUUGCUCCCGUGCCGACUCCCACAAACAAACUUUAUCCAUGGCUUCCUGUAGUCAAAUAUGUUUGACCUCAAGCAAUUUCUUCUUCCAAUCCAAGUCGGGCAACAUUUCAAUAAGCUGACAGUCUCGUAGGUUAUUUUCCGCCAAAAUUACAAUAUCGCGCUUACUUUUUCAAACCCAACAAAAUCUGUCAGCAGAUUCUCCCUGUUGAAGUGUCAAGUGUCGAAACACGUGGUGCUCGUAAGGCACAUUAACGUCAGAACGAAAGUGAGGAUCUAACUUUCGAAGGAAAUCUUAUACUUAUUGUCAGUCGACGCGUUAAUCGGUCCACAGUCUUGGAGAUCUUCAUAGAGGUCCUGUACUUCUAACCCUGCCAAGUGAAGUAAUUGCGAUUUCUUUCGUGACUCCCUUUCUUUUGAUGUAAUAUUGAAACGCUCGUUUCCACUGCUUCCACCUUUCGGCGACCUGCGAAGCCGAACCCGUUAACUCCAACAGCGGUAAAGUUCGUUCCGAUGACUGUAAAAUCCUCGUCGCCAAUUUGCUGUAUAGAUAACAACAUGGAUAAUAGAAAGACUAGAUAGGAAACUGGCUGACGUGAUCUGUUUCAACAUAGUGGAAAAAUGUAACGUCACAUUAUCGAGAGCCAUUCAACCUCUUACGUUUACAUCCGAUCUUUUGCGCGUCUUAUUUUUCCUCGCACAUUUCACUAUCUCUGUCCUCUACUAUACAGAUUGGCAAUGUUUUGAAGUAAAGCAUGAAGAGGACUUGCUCUUGGAGAAGACAGUUAGAGGGUACAAAACCGGUAGAGGCAAAAAAGACAGAGUAAAUGAUUGUGAAACUUGUGAGAGCGAAGAAUGACUCCAGCGCCUGAUAAUUUUAUGCACUAAACGGGAAGCCUAACUACAUAAAAACUAUAUGAAAACCUACAUGCAUACAGCUACAAAACACCUGUAAAAAGGCGCAGCCUUAUUUUCUACAAACCACAAGAAAGCCGGAAAUAAUUUUACUUAUUUUUAUCACGGUUUUGACGAUUUCUUUUCUGCUUUUGUCGACAAGCUCAGCGAGUGUCGAAGUUAACAACCUUGACAAAGUGAUUUUUUAGCGGUAAAAUUGUCGAGGCUUGAUGUGUCAAAUACAAACGAGGGUUUAAUUUUCCACUCAAAUUCAUUUAGGAACAACUAGUGACAAGAAUCCGUAUUUGAGAAAUAUAUAAAAAGCGGGGUUAAAAAGCUCGCAGCAGAGAGAGGAAAUUUGCUUGCGGACCACCGUGAAAACGCCGUUUCUAACUUUUUCAACCAAUUUUCAGAGUAAAGCAAGUUGUUUUGUUAUUUUCAGGUAUAAAUGUACAAUUACCCAAGGUACUUUCCAGUCAGUUCUUUAAAAAAAGCAAACUGCAACGCUUUUAAAAAUGUUAUGUAAAAUGGUUAAUUGUUAACUACUAGAAUACAACUUGGAAGCAAUCUUUCCUAGUUAAUAGUAGAACUUUCACUUUUUUUCAUGAGGAAACACUUGUCUUCCAUGAGGCUUAAUAAAGCUUAGAAAUAUAUUAUCUUUGAAAUACUGACCCUUUUUUAGGAUGAAACAACCUUAAAGUUUUUGUAUUGUAGUGGUAAAUGAUAUGGAUAGGGAAUACUGUAAAUCUCCUCUGAAAUCAACAUUAACACUGUUCCCAAAGGAAAACAGAAUCUGAUUAUAAAAAAAAAACAGUAACAUUCAGUUUUUUGUUUAGCCUGAGGUAAUUGGAUAAAGGGUGGAAAAAAAAUAUGACCGUCUGGUCACAUAAUCAUGUUGUUAAAAACAAAAUUCAUACCCUAAACAAGUACAGGUAUAUGUUUUAUUAAUUUGAUUUAGAAUACAUCUUGCCGAAGGUUUAUCAUCUACAGGUACAUCGUUGCUUUGGAUCUCUAAAAACCGAAUACAGUAAUAGUGCUAAUCAAGUCCAUCUUUGGUUUGAAAAACAAUGAUUCAGAUAUACAACGCUUUAGAGAAGAACACUAACCAAAUCUAAAACACGUGACUCUUUAGCUAAUACAUGCAGUGACCCUAAAACACAGUAAAUUUGUCCCAGCCAGAAAGAAGUAAUGAAUACACUUCAGAAGUGAUGAAUAAAGCUUAAAGCAAGUUCUGAUCAUAAAUAAAUUAGAUGCCACCUUCUGGCUCUCAUGCAUGACAAAAGCAACUUUGUUGCUGUUUAAUACAGAAAGAUUGAUUGAUUUGUGCGGUAUCAGAAGAGUACUUGACCACAAUUUUUGUCUUCAUUGACUAAAUGCGUUCAGCAAAUCCUACAAAAAAGACAAAAAAAGGGAAAACUAAAACACUGUUUAAAAAAUAACAACAACACUUAGGAGCCCAAACGGAGGCCAAAAAAUGUCAGUAGGUGCGUUUGCACUCAUGCUACAAUCAUUAGUUUAUGAAAGGGAAAAGUACAAAAAUUAUUCGAGUCUCUUCAGUGCCUUCGAAUACAAACUGCGAGGAGCGACGUGAGGCGAUUGUAUUCACUGGAUAUGGAAUUUAGUAGUUUUAUUUUUAUACGCUGUGGCUAUAUGGCUCGUAACCGGUCAAGGUUUUCAAAACACUAAAUGGCCGGCAGUCCUAUAUUUUUAGUAAAUUUCACAAAAUCGAAAGAUUCUACCAAACACUAGACUGGAGAUCUAUAAAGCAUUUCAGGAUCGCUUGACUUUUCUAAAUCGACAUAUGAUAGUUUAGAUUAGCUAGAAUCUUUGGAUUUUGUGAAAUUUGCUGAGAAUAUAGGACUGCCGGUAAUUUAGUGUUUUGAAAACCUUGACCGGUUAUGCAUCAGUCAAUUCCACCUGCGCCCAGCCCCCCCCCCCCCCGGGCUACUGCUGGGCAUUUACCCCCCUUUUCAGUCCCGGGGGGGGGGCAUUUGCAAAUUUUUCACUGCCCGGGGGCCGGGCAUUUGCCAACCCCCGGGCCAUUCCCGAGCUUUUGACACGCACGCGGUUUCCUAUCAGAAUAUAACUACACAGAAGGUUUUACUGGAAAAAAAAAGCAGACUGGCUCAUCUGUCAAGGACAGGAAUAAAUUGUAGAGGGUUGUAAAGGCAUGUUCACGAUUUUACAUGUAUGUAUGCAUUUCUUCAUUGCUUAUCAAGCCAGAAUUACAUAGCGAAAUUGGAGCUACCGAUGUGAAUCAACGUUUUUUGGUUAUUGAAUCAACUUUCUGUUGAUAUUAUUUGAAGAACACCCUUUCAUAUUUAUAAAACUAUUCAUAACAUAUAACUUUACAGCACUCUGUUAAUUUUAAUGUCAAUACUUUUAUAUCAAUACUAAAACCAUAAACUGGUGCAUGUCCUCGCGACGUGAAGUCUUAAUUAGAAUCCUAGCGCUAUUAUACUAUUGGACUGUGCGAUCAAUAAAAAAUGUUGCACUGUUGACGGAGGACGGGGCAUUUGCCCUCUUUUUUCGUCCCCACCCCGGGGGAUUUGCCAGCUCAAGAGUCCCCACCCUCGUGAAUUUGCCAUCCAAGGCAAAAAAAAUGCCAAUUCCCGGGGGUCAGCCCGGGGGGGGCCUGGGCGCAGGUGGAAUUGACUGAUGCAUUACCGGCCAUAUGGCCACAGCAUAAAUGACCGGCAAUCCAAUAUUCUCAGUAAAUUUCACAAAUUUAUAAAAUCCAGCUAAUCUAAGCUAUCAUAUGUCGAUUAAGAAAAGUCAAGCGAUCCUGAAAUGCUUUAUAAAUCUCAAGUCUAGCGUUUGGUUUACUUAGACCUUAGAACCUUUCUCAGCUCGACUGCCGGUCAAGAUAUUGAAAAAGCUAAAUGACCGGCAGUCCUGUACUCUCAGUAAAUUUCGCUUGUCUUUUCUUAAUCGACAUAUGAUAGUUUAGUUUAGCUGGAUUUUUUCGAUUUGUGAAUGUUACAGAGAAUAUAGGACUGCCGGUAAUUUAGUGUUUGAAAACCAUCACCGGCAGUCGAGCUGAAAAAGGUUCUAAGGUCUAAGUGUCACAAAACAUGGUUUCGUCUUCUGAGCCCAGCGCAAACAAACGCUCGACUUGAGAUCUUUUAAGCAUUUCAGGAUCGCUUGACUUUUCUUAAUCGACAUACGAUUUUAGAUUAGCGGGGAUUUUUCGAUUUUGUGAAAUUUACUGAGAAUAUAGGACUGCCGGUCAUUUAGUGUUUUGAAAACCUUGACCGGUUACCGGCCAUAUAGCCACAGCGUUUAUUUUAACAUUAAAAGAUGAGCGAAAUUAACAUACUGCUUUACGAACAAUUAGCAGGGUUAAUCUGGGAUAUUACUUGAGCGAAACAGUUCUCAACACAAACUAGACAAACUAGCUGUUCAUAUAUGAUUUAUUUCAUAUAUCAUUAACAGAAACUAGUCUGCCGAUUGGAACUUUACACACCAUGUGCGUACACUUUCUCGGCGCCAGCUCCGAAUGUAGUUAAUUUCCGCCAUUUUUAAUCCAAAUGUAUGGCUGGAAAAUAACAGCACCCAGUCUGUAAUUAUGCCUAUGCCACAAUUCCAUCCUUAAAAGCUCUGUCAGUCGUAGUUAUGAAUAGAAACAAGAAGGAACCUUCAUAUUAGAGGUGUCCCAAAACAGUCGCCUAGUCUACUAAAUAUGGCUUUGGUAAGGUCCAUUUUUGGGACGCAAUUUUCUCAAAAACAAGGACAAAUAACACAAAACAACAACAAGAGGUGCUUACCUCGAGGGUUCAAGUGUGGCUUUGAAAGGUCGUCAUCGCGGUAAGACAACAAACGAAGGCAAAAACAUACGCCAGAAAUUAAAGCAGCACUAUAAACUCCGAAAAAGAACAACAUGCAGGCAAACAAACCCUACAUUUCGUCUGGCUUACGCACCAUUUUCGCCAUCGUUUCGUCACAAAUUUCAACUUUGAUGGAACCAUCCAACGCCAUCUCGUAGAACGAAUCAACCAAUCGGCGAUAAGAAAUCAGCCCACGUGACUUAAGUUUCCUAUCCAGUCUUUCUAUUAUCCAUGAUAACAAAACCCGCCACAAAGGCUCAACAAGAAUCCUGUUUAUUCACGACCGCCCCAACACUCAGUGAACAACACUCGUUGCGCGCGCUCUCGUUUUUAAUCGACCCGGAUGUAAGUCGCGGAUGAAGUAACGGAAAACCGCUGUACACUACACUCACCAGUGCGCCAUCCCGCGAUGUGAUUACAUGUAGAUUUGGUUAAACAGAGUACAGAUAAACAGAUAAAGUGAACAUGGUCACAAGAAGUUAACAAGUAAGAAAAAACAAACCUACAGGAAAAGUGUUCUUGGCAACUUAAUGAAAGAUGACUAAAUUUGAACGAAUCUUUUUUGAAAAUGUUUUCGAAAUUAUUCUCUUUUGAGGAACCGAACACCUCGGAAAAAAGUUUGAAAGACGUUUAUAAGUAAGAUGAAGAGGAAAAGAUGAAGCCGAGAUGAAAAGUGGCGUUGGUGUCAAGCUUUACGAGGCAAUUUCGAAUUUAAUAUCCUAUUAUUGAUGUAUAAAAACCUAGUCUUCCAAGCAUCGGCCUGCUCCCUCCCUGGAUUGUCUGCAAGUAGCUAGCGCUAACCUUAAGCCCAUUGAUCAUGCGAGGAACAUUGUGGUAUUUUUGACUCCAGUCUUAGUUUUGAUAAACAGAUCGAGCAAAUAUGUAAAUCUACUUUUCACUCAUUUAAUUAGAUUAAUUUGGAGAAUUAGAAAGUUUCUCAGUAUGGAAACCGCGAAGACUUUGGUGCACGCUUUUGUGACUUCUAAGUUAGAUAACUGUAACGCACUCUUGUAUAGCCUUCCUAAGUAUAAGAUCCAGCGCCUGCAAUACGUGUUGAACUCUCUCGCAAGGCUGGUUACAUUGUCUAGGAAGCUUGAUCACAUAUCGCCAGUAUUAAUGGAGUUUCAUUGGUUGCCAGUAGAGCAGCGCGUAGAAUUUAAGAUCUUGUUAUUUACAUAUGAAGUAGUGAAUGGUAUGGCACCUGUUUAUCUCCAGGAUCUAUUAGACUUUUAGAGACCUUGCUGUAGCCUCAGAUCACGAAACAUGCAGCUUCUGAAAACACAAUCGUAUGGGUUCAGGGCAUUUUCCUGAGACAGAUUGAUUGAGAUUUUAUUUAAGUUAUAUUUUAUUUUUUUAAGGCAAUUUUUAAUUAUUUUAUUAAUAUGAAGCGCUUGUGGCCUUUUAAGGAAUAAGUGCUAUAUAAAUAGUUAUUUUUAUUAUUGCUAUUAUUAAAACAAAUAGAUUAUUUUGCCAUGUGUCGGUUUUCAUGUCAGAGACCACCAAAAUUGUCUUAAACACCAGUGAUACACUCGCUUGCGGCUCGUGUGUCCCCAUUGGCUUAACGCCAUAUUCCGACGUCGCGUGCGAUCUUUAGGUGAACCGACACACAACAAAAUGGAAUCUAUUUGUUAAAAAGGCAACGAAAUGAAGUUAUGAUUGUUCUCUGUCCCUUGCGCGCGAUUUUGCGGCAAAUGUCCCUGGAAGUGGACGUUUAAAAUCUUCUAUAUUGUUAUAACAAGCAGAUCAUAAAGGUCACGUCACAAUGUGAAUCCCUCACUUUGUGUGAUCGAAAAAGUGGUCAUUGUUGGUAGAUUUGUUAAUUAGAUUGUGGUUGAAACUUUUACCAUGUACUCAGAACGCAGUAUUCAGCUCUUCAUUUCAGCCGAAUUUGGUUGUAGUAUUGAGGAAAAGUGCUGAAAAUAAUAGCCAAAUAAUCAAUUUAUUUACAUCAAUACGUGGGAUGGGGAUCAUCCGAGCCGGAGGCUCAUGCAUGAAACGUAUGACAAUAAAAACAGUUAAUAAUAAUAAUAAUAAUAAUAAUAAUAAUAAUAAUAAUUAUUAUUAUUAUAAUAAUACAACACAUUUCAAUAAAAAUGUCAUAAACGUAUAAAAACAAAUACAAAUCUAUGUAUCCGAGAAUGUCAUGUAAGAAAUAUUCAAAGCAACACCCACCGCAUCCCACUGAAUUAAAUAAAAGCUAAAAACCCAUAAGAACAAGUUAAUAAAAGGUAGUCUCUGACUGCAUGUGGCUACUGUUUUAGUUUUCGUAGAAUAUAUUGUAGUAAAAAAGGAAUGUUAUUGUAGGAAACAAUAGAAAUUCAGACUGUUUAUCCAUAAGAAGUAUACUAUCUUCGCCACGCGACUUCACCUUACCACUACAUCAUAAAGAUGAUUACGGGCAUCUUGCGAAAAGUCUCUAAUUUAAUUCCUUUUCCAUGAAACUUCCGCCGGCAAACGCCUUGUAAGGUUUACGGAGCCGUAUAACCGUAGCCUGCAUAACAGGCGCUUUAUGAGCCAAGCGAGGCGAACGCCCCAUUUUUUCUCCUCCCGUCGUCUCGCGCUUCACACUCGUUUCCCGCUUCGCGCAAAAUGCCGCGUUCGCCUCGCUUGGCUCAUAAAGCGCCCGUUAUGCAGGCUACAUAACCGCGCUAUUGACAGUAAAAAAAUCAAUGCAAACGCAUUUCAUGGCUAUGAAGAGAUAUCAUAUACCAUACAAAGCCGAUACGACUCGUCUGCCAAGUAGAACGCAAAACAUACGUUUUCUUAUCUCGAUUUCCGCUGCUAUUUUUGAAGCUUAUCAGAGGUCAAAAUCACAUUCAUUUUCGGCUCAUACAGGUUCUUAAAGAAUAGCAUAGCAUGACAUUUUCUCACUUUCAGAUUCCUUUUCAGCCAGUUGGAAUUUGUAGAUCCCCCGCGAUCUUGGGGAGUCGACGAGCAAAUGCUCAACUUCUCGUCUGGACGAGUCAAAGAUUCUUGAAAUCCAGUCCCCAACUUAACCAUCGAACUAAUCUGAAAGACUCCUGCGUGUCUUAAAUUUGUUAAGACCUCUAACCGUGCUGUAGAAAAUUAAGCUAAGAAAAAGGGGGCGAAUAAAAAAGAAAAAAAAUUCACUGCUAGGGCUCGCACCCAGUACGCACGGUCGCCAGCUACACGAUCAAAGAACUAUGGGAUAGAAGCACAUCGCAGGCGCAUCACAAAUGUUUUUAUACAAUGAUGUUUCCCUUUUAUUUAAAAGCUGUUGGUCCAAACCACUUCCAUUCAGUUCUCUGCAAACUACUGGUACUUUUGCUGUCGAAAUGCAUCGCCAAAAGCAUUUUUUAACGCUUUCUAGGGUGGCCACAAUCUCAACCGGACCAAGAUAGUGGGCUUCCUGUGCAAGUUUCCGGACUAACGGACUUAAACUUACAACACCAUGACAUAGUGGCUACCGCCUUCCCUAAAGGGAGGGAGUAACCACUAAAAUCCUAAGAUAAAAUAAUAGUAAUAAUGAUAAUGAUAACGAUAAGUAAGUAAACAAGUCUAAGAUAUAGUAAAAACCCUAAAAAACACAAAAAUUACAUUUUACAACUGGCCCUUAACUUUAUAAGAUUAAAAGUUCUUAAUUUCUUCAGGGGAAAUUCACUCAGCUCAGCCCAUCUCUUAAUGUAAGAAGGAAGCUGAUUUCACAAAUGUGAAGGCUUGAAAGUGAAAGAAUUGUGAUGAUAUCGAUUAUUAUAGGAUGGUUGAGUGAGAUUGUGUUCACUGUUCCUUAAAUUUUAACGCGGUAGACUAGGCUCGAAAAAAUUAGAAAUAUAUUAGUCAGGUCCAUUUCCUUUUAAACAUUUAAAAAGGACGACAAGAGAUUGAUAGUACCGUCUAUGUUCUAGUGAUUGCAUGUUUACAGCAGACAAUAUGGAAUCAUAAUCUAAGCUGUUCCGAAAUUUAAGAGGGCUUUUAAAGCAUAAUAGUUUGCAGAUUGAAUUGUUCAGCGUUUUGUUAAUCCCUAAUAGUAAUAGACUGCAAUAUUCAAGGUGUGGAAGUAUAUAAACCUUGUACAGCAUAAGUGUAGAAAGGGCGCACUAUAAGUAAUAAAUGUUGUUGUUAAAUAAAAAAAUAUAUAAAUAAGUGAGAUCUUAGCAGGCACCAGCUUUCUAAGUCGUCUCAGAGCUCCAACCUUCCUUAAAACAGUUGAUAGGUGGUCUUAAAAGGACAAGUUACCGUCUUUAGGAGCGUUUUAUUGCACAUGCACGCCUUUAACAGUUGCUGUGUCGUGUUCCCUUAUAGGACGCUUAAAAAAGAAUUUUGGAUUAAUUCUGUCUACUAGAAAUACAACCAAACCUCACAAGAUUAUUAAGCUUUUACUGACAAGACGGAACAGCACCCAGGAGUGGUCAGCCAUCACUCGUGAGUCGUACCAUCUUCAAGUAGAUGACGGCAAACAAACAAUAACCAUAACUGGUCAGCAGCCUGUUGGCGUGUUCUAUGGUGUCCAGACUCUUCUCGCCAUCAUUGAAGGUACGUGCGAGGUUGCUCGAAUGUCAGUCAAAGACUCCCCUCGUUUUUCGUACCGAGGGUUGAUGAUCGACGUUGGACGUAAUUUCAUGCCCAAAAAAGACAUUCUGAAACUUUUGGAUGCUAUGGCGAUGUUCAAGAUGAACAAGCUUCAUUUACAUCUUACGGAGAAUGAAGGAUGGAGAUUGGAAAUACCAGGAAUCAAAGAGUUGACUGAGGUUUGUGCAUCGUUUGUACAUUGAGUUGGAGAAGGGAGAAGGGUGUUUAAUACUUUUCCUAGCCUUUAAAGUCCUUCCUAACUAAUUAUUGUAUUUGCUCAGAUGAUUCAAAGUCAGUCAAGCUCGCCUAACACAUUUUCUCAAUUAAAACCGGGCCGUGAAUAAAAUGUCGGGUCUAAAUAUUAGUCACUGUAAAUAAGUUGGGCAGACAUUGUUUUUGUUGUAUAACAAGUCAAGAAAAUGAAAUAAAACCUCUUUCUUAAAGAAUAUAGGAUGCCCAAAUAAACAGUGGAUUCAAACAAACACCGACCAACCAUUCAAGAUUGACAUUUACUCAGAAUCAUGAAAAUGCGGUAUAAGGCUCGAGGUAGCUGUAGAAUCCCUCUCUGGUUCGCUUGACUUCUUGCUACAGAGCAAUCCCAGGUAGAAAAAAAUUGGGAUCAAUUUAGGUUUCUGGGAAACUGCCCACCUACCCCUUCCCUAAGCUAACAUUAACUCUUACUUCUCACUUAGGGCAAAAUGAUGGCUUGGGGGAUGGGUAGGUGGGCAGUUCCCCAGAAACCUAAAUUGAUCCAAAAAUUGUUCGCAAGCUAGGCUACAUGUGCUUCGAAACUCAAUCUUCCGCCUACUUUACACAGGCAAAUAGAAUUCAACAAUUGUGCACAAGUUAAUGUAUUCAAACCUUUGCUCGUUUUCCUAAAAAAAUCAUUAUUUUCCUAAACCAUUGUUGGUUAUUUCAGGGAAUUGGAGACACGAAAUUAAAAUACUUCAUGCAAACGUAUGCUGCUCCUUCCACCUAAUUUGUUAUUUCCAAACCAGGUCGGAGCCAAACGAUGUCAUGACUUACAGGAAAAAGACUGCAUUUUAUCUCUUCUUGGCUCAGGCCCCGACGCCAACACUUCGGGUACAGGGCACUACUCUACUGAGGACUACAGGGAAAUAUUACGCCAUGCAAAAGAACGUCACAUUCAAGUGAUUCCAGAGUUUGACUUUCCAGGACACAGUCAUGCAGCUAUUAAAAGCAUGAUAGCUCGCCACGAUCGACUGCUAAAAGAAGGAAAGGAAAAAGAAGCACGAAAGUUUCUUCUGAGCGAUUUCGACGAUAAAUCUCGCUACUUUUCCGUUCAACACUUUACGGAUGGAGUCACAAAUCCAUGCAUUCCCUCGACCUACAGAUUUCUAGAUCAUGUGAUAUCUGCUUUGGUGCGCAUGCAUAGUGAUAUACAGCCACUGACUGUUUAUCAUUUUGGAGGAGAUGAAGUUGCAUGGGGUGUUUGGAGAAAGUCUCCCGCAUGCGAUCGAUUCGCAAAUGCGUCUAGCAAAAGUGAGGAGGAGAUCAGAAAAGAGUUAAUGGCUUACUUUAUAAGAAAAGUUUCGCAUAUUACUCAAAGCCAUAGGCUGAAUUUAGGAGGUUGGGGUGACUCGUUCUUUGGCGGUAGCAACGGUGUUCUAACAGACAGAAGCACUUUUAAAAACAAAGAGGUUUAUUCUUAUUACUGGAGCAUGAGUGAUGACACUAAAAGACUCGAAAGUACGCUUCGUGGAGGAUAUAAGGUGACUAUGCAUUGUAUGUUAUGCCCAAUAUCGUAAAUCCUCUAUUAAGCCCCCCCCUCUCAAAUAAGCCCCCCUUUUCAGAGGAGGAAAGUUAAUAAGCCCCCCCUCCCCUCCCCUCCAUCCUUAUUAUUCGCAAACAAUUAACAUGUACUGAUCAGUUAUGGUUUAUUCAGGCUGGAAAUUCAUAUUGUUUUUGGUCUUCGGCCGCAUGACUUCCACGUUCAUGUGCUUAACUUUUCAACUUUAUGCUCUAGUUCUCUAUAAAGAAUUGUUACCAUUUCCUUAUUGUUAGAAAAAAGCAGUAUAGCGCCCGGUAACCACAAGUCCGCCCUCGAGAAACCUUGCUGCCGUUGAUGCAUUUCGCUAAAUUAAAUAAGCCCCCCGCCCCUCAAAAAUGCUUGAAAGAAUAAGCCCCCCCGGGGCCUUAAUACAGGAUUUACGGUACUUUUAAAACUAAAAAACCGUGUUAUUCAAGCACUAUUUUUCUGGAACGGGUCUGUUCAUGAAUUCUAUCUAAUUCUGUCUCUCCUUUAGGCAACAAGAACGCUCUUAGUAGCGUUGAGUCUCGCUUGCUUGGAGAUAAAUUUUAUUGCCAGCUGGUGCUGUUAUGCUACCUCUCGUUUGGAAUACAAAACCAGUGUUAUAUGUCAUAAUGUAACUCACAACUUAAAAUUUGCAAGGCGAGACAAACCGCACGUCUUAGCUUCACACCGAUGUCAAGCAUUUGAAAACCUUCUGCAAAUUGAUAUUGCUCCAGUGCAUGAGGAGAACUCACUCAGGGAUUUUACACUCAAAAAAUUGAAAGAUGAUUUUUAUCAGUAUAAAUAUAUUUAGCUUCUAUGUAGCGGAUAAGAUACGGCUCGGUACAGUUUUUGUUCAGCACAAGAAAAAUGUGUAAGUUUAGCGGAACCUUAUACAACAGACAGAUAAUUCAGUUGGCGGGUAUUCCUGUUGAAUUUGUUGUCAAAAUUGCGUGACAGUUAUUACAUUUCUCAUGGCUGCUUAGUAUCUGCUUUUAAUAUCUUUGUACAGUUGAUGUUUACGCGAUCUCAGAGUACAAUGUUUAGAGCUGUGCUCGGCAUGCAUUUUAUCACUGUAUCACUGGGAUGAAGAGUCAUAUUUUCCAGGAAUCUUUCACUUUCUCGUCAAAACAAUCACUGACUUAGGCUCGGAAUAAUUUCCUUAAAUCUAAUGCUCGGUACCACAAGCGGGGUUAUGUUUUGUGAACUUAUCUUCAGUCUGCGGCCCACAUCACCACGAAUUAUUUAUUUUAUUUUCAAGUUUUUUUAACCGAUCCUCGAUCCGUCGAUCUUCUAUCCUCCAUUCUCUAUCCUCGCUCCUGGUUUUCCAGUAAACCCCGAAUUUUUCGCUCAUUAAGAUUGAUCUUUUUUUUGACCACUAAAGUAAUUAAUUGUGAAAGCUGUAAACGCUUUCACAAUUAAGUAGUGGACCGACCCGUUCCAGAAAAACUCGUUAUGGGACUUCUAUUCUAUGGACAUGGAGUGCCGCAGGAGAGUGCGUGAUAGUCGAGUAACACAUCCAUGACACGUACGUAACGUCAGAAGCGUAGUUGAAGUUGUAACCAGUAGUACUCGAAGGUUUAAUCAUUGAUAUCUCAAGUAUUUAUCAAGUGCAACGCGACUUCACAUCUCAACAGCUGCGAAAAUCUAUCAAUUAAAUACGUACAACAAAGUGAAUCUAUUUAACCGUAGAGUUCCAGAAAUUGCGACAAUAUUCUGAGAAACGUAACGCUUCAAUACACCACAAUAAUAUUUUCUCAUCCUACUCGGUGUAUUUACAUUUUAAUACACGUGCAUACUUACACGAAAAUCAAGGGCCGCGAUUUGGGGAAAAUUACGUCAUUGCCAAACAGCAAAAAAAAAUGUGUUCAACUUACAUGCGUCAUUUCAGUGAUCGCCGAAAAUAAACGUCAUGCCCAUCACAAGACUCAUUUGCAUACAAUGAAAUUCGUCACGAUACUUAUCCCUAGUUUCCACGGUCUCCGUUAGGAACGCCUGGGAGCAUGCCCUUUUUUCGCGACAGACAGACAAAAAAAAGGUUCAUCUGCUAAAGAAAGCUCGACUAAUUAGACUUUAAAGUCUUUGAACGUACAUAUACUAUGGGAUAAACUACCACACCGAAACUACCACACAGUAUACAAGGGGACUGGGCGCCGUGCACUCUGUUCUAGAUGCAGCAAGUGCGGCUUGUUGUAGGUGCAUUGUGUGGUAGGUGGACUGUGUGAUAGGUGCACCUUGUGGUACUGUGAGUAGCUUGGGUCCGUACAUUGUGUGGUAUGUGCACUGUGUGGUGGUCCACAGUGCGGUAGGUGCACCGUAUGGGUAGUUUCGAAAACGAAGCAGUCGAAAACGAAGACCGAAGCACGAGGCACCCAUAUCUCGAAAACGAAGCACCCAAAACUCGAAAACGAAGCACCCUAGAUCGAAAACGAAGACCCCUAAAUCUCGAAAACGAAGACCCCAAAACUCGAAAACAAAGCACCUGAUUCAGGUGGAGGCAACGGAUGCGUCCGCACCUCCAAAGGUCCACAAAAUCUAUCCCAAGGUUUUAUAAGAGCCUGCCAACUGUUUAACUGAACUUUUCUAGACAGGAUAUACUGUAUUAAUUUUAUUAUUGGUCUCGCUAUACUUGAUACAUCUUACCUAAAUAUGCAUUUUUUCGGUACACAUACAUGUUUAUGUAGACUUCAAAACUGUCCGUCAGCAGAUUUUGGCGUAUUCAAGUACGCGUGAGCAGUAACACAAAAGGAUUGAAACGAGGCUGAAAACGGAGUGUGAGGCUCGCGCGUAUUACUCUUACGCCAUGCUUUACCGACUUCUUUACUGAUUUUGAGAAAAAACCCGAUUGUUUUGCAGUCUAACAUAUUGGAUAUCUAUGACGCUGCGAGAUCAGAUCAGAUCAGAUCCAGGCAGAAUUUGUUGUAGGGUAAUAGCCUGGGACCAGGCUCUAUGGUGGGGAAUAGGAGAAUUUUAAAAUAAAAGGAGCGAAUAAAAAAAGGGAGAGAUAAGCUAUUGAGAAGGCGGCCGGUGGGGCGAAGCUUCGGUGCUUCGUUUUCGAGUUUUGGGUGCUUCGUUUUCGAGAUUUAGGGGUCUUCGUUUUCGAGUUUUGGGUGCUUCGUUUUCGAUCAAGGGUGCUUCGUUUUCGAGUUUUGGGUGCUUCGUGCUUCGGUCUUCGUUUUCGAAACUACCGCACCGUAUGCAUCGUAUGAAUCGCCGCUCGGUGUUUGGAGAAAUCCAGUAUACAAACCCUCCUGAGCAUUUCUACCCGCUAAAGGAGCUAUUACAGUUGAUUCUAGUUCGGGCUUUAACGUGAAGUAGCUACAUCAUUGGAGUAAUUUUGAUCUUCCAAAGCUUAUGCCAGUAGAACGCAUUUCCUUUAUGCCUUCAUCAUGUUUGUCUCUCACUAAUAAAUACACGCCGAUAAGUUACUCAUUACCGCUCGGCCAAUCAGGAAUUUGCGGACGCCAGCGUCCGCAGAAAUGAACAAAAGGAGGUUCUUAUAGCAGGUGUUUCUUCCCCUUUUCUCCCCAAUUCCCUCCCGUUUUCCCUUCCUCCCCUUACCCUACCCUUACCCAGGCUAAAACAUCCCAUUCACAAUGGUUGUUUGGAUCACACAGUCAUUACGUUACAUUCCCGUUAGGCAAUAUGCAACGUUCAGAAAGCUUCGCAUUCCGAAUGUGCUGUCCUUCGGGCGACGUUCGUUACCACUUUUAAUUAGCCUUGGAUAUUAUUUUAGCAGCUUUAUAACACGAUUGCGUGACGGUUUGAUCGAUCGAGUUCAUAUUCGUUUUAAAAGAAAGCAAAGCCGAUUCGCGCUAUCACUGUGCAACUGUAAAAUUUAACUGCUCUCCUCUGCUAUCAAGGUUACAAAUAACUCCUGUGGUGACGCCCUGUGUGAAUAUACACAAUGAAUGCUUCCUGUUAAUUCCGUUGCAUAAUAUCAUUUGUCUGUUAUCAUUUGAUGUUUUCAGGUUAUUUUAACCCCUCCUGACUGCCUGUACCUUGACCACCCUCAAGAAGAGGACUUUGAAGAUCGAGGCAACUAUUGGGCGGCUAAUUUCACUGACACCCAGAAAGUUUUUGAAUAUUCACCAAAAGAACACAUUGACACAAACAACAUUAGAAACGGUGUGGAAAAUCUCCUCGGUAGGUUGUUUUGCACAGUGUUUUACCUUCAUACUCUGUGCACUGCACUGAGGAGCCGGAUCCGAAAAGCCAUCUUUGUCUACACUUGAAACUGUCAAAUUUAAUUGAAUAAAUUCAGUAACAUCAAUUGUUCCAUAUACUAGAAUAUCUUAACAGAUAUUGAUUUUUUCUUUUGUGCACAAAACGCCGAGAGGAUAUGUUAAAUCCUGAUUUCAUGCCAGUCGUUUUUGCUUAUUAUUUACAGGAAUUGAAGGGUCGUUUUGGACUGAGACAGUACGCACCGCUGACCAAAUGUACAAAAUGCUAUUUCCGCGACUCCUGGCCGUAGCAGAACGUGCAUGGCACGAAGCUUCAUGGGAAAAUAUCGUGGACAAAAGGUUACGAGCGCGCGAAAGAACAAAGGAUUGGGUUAAAUUCGCUAACACUUUGGCUUACAAGGAACUGACUCGGUUAGAUCAAUUAGGAGUAGCGUAUCACGUAAAACCUCCAGGGGCAAGGUUAGUUUUGGUUCACUCAACAAGAUAACGUGCAAUUAUUCCAUUAAGACAUACCCUGUCGGUAGAAAAGUAAGAACAAAAAUACAAACCUCCGAGUGACAAUACGGUCAUGUCAAAAGAAGAGGUUAGGAGUUAUGAUAUAAAAGGUGUUUCAAAUAUUUAUUCCUCUGAAUUUGAAUGAAAAGUAUUUUUAAACUAGGAAUAAGUGAAUCGCAGAACCUCGCUCUGCAAAGGCUAAAGGCUAGAAGAAGGAAGAACGGGAACCAAUAGGAAAAAGAAAAUAUAUUAAAAAAAAAUAAACCAAUAAAAAAAACAACAAUAACAACAACCAAAAAGGAACAAGUUUAAGAAUGGAACUCAGCAUAUCCUGUAUGUGUUGAAGGCCUAAUUGCCCUCGUAGGAAUUUCGCCCAGAAGGCGAAAUCCCGAGGAGGCACUCUAGUAACUCGCGCGUACAUUAAGGAAAGUACUUACAGUUGAAAUAUACAGUCAGUGUACCAGAAAAAAUCUCGACUUGCUUGAACAGGGGCCGCGAGGAAUCGGUAGGUAAUGAUGACGUUUCUAUUGUUUGCGCCCUCAAGUACGAAAUGGUUAGGAUGAGGUAAAGACAGAAAAACUCGCAGGAACCGCUUAGGUAGAUUUUUUGACAUUUAUUGUGCAGUCAUACUUCGAUACGCUUUUGCGUUACAUGUUAUUAGUGACAUGCUGUAGAGCAAUUGUUUUGAAAGUUAUGGACCAAAAGACACUCGUUAAGCCCAGAUGAAGUUAUAAGGUGCGUAUAACAGUGUAUAUUUUAACACUAAUUGAGUUUGCCAGACACGAGUUCACAAAUUUUUGAUUGGAAACCUUGCUAGACUCUCUUUCUCUUUCUUUAACCGGAAUAAGACUCGGCCCCCAACAAGCAAGAAGAGUGAAUGAUUCAACGGCUAGCUUAUCACUAGCAGAACGAUGGACGAUUACAGAAAUUCGCCAACCAUCGCAUUCUGCAGUGCUGACUUAUUCCCUGUUCACAGAUGUCUUUCCGCUAUAAAGUUUAAAAAAAGACUAGAAUGCGCGAGCGUGAAUUGAUAAAACGUCCUUUUAAUUUCUAAGGCUUACUUUCGGGCAAAUAAAAUGAACUAAAGGUAAAAAGUGAAAUGGAAAUAGCGAAAAUAACUACUAAUUAAAUCUUUUCUUAUCGUUUAGUAUAAACUAUUCUCGAAACUGAGAAUGUUUUGAUCAAAUCUGUGUAAAUCGAAUCGAAACUGUGCAUGGAACCUUGCGUUUAUUUCCUGUAUUUAUCUCACCUAUUGUAUGGAAUAUGUGUGAAAAUCUUCAUUAUGAAUCGGUAUAUUUCAAAGAGCUACACAACGACCAAGAAUACUAUUGACCGACAAUAUACAGAACGGGGGCAGCUGUAGUGUCAACUAUUACUAGUUAAAUCUUUUCUUAUGGUUUAGAAUAAACUGUUCUCGAAACUGAGAAUGUUUUGAUCAAAGCUGUGUAAAUCGAGCUGAAACUGUGCCUGGAACCUUGCAUUUCCUGUAUUUAUCUCACCUAUUGUAUGGAAUAUGUGUGAAAUCUUCAUUAUGAAUCGUUAUAUUUCAAAGAGCUACACAACGACCAAGAAUACUAUUGACCGACAGUAUACAGAACGGGGGCAGCUGUAGUGUCAACUAUUACUAGUUGUUAUACUACUACAUGAAAAAUUACGGCAAUUUGAUUGGCUUAGAGCAGUGGUAUUUCAGCUUAAUUUGAAAUACCUACAUGUGAAAAUUUCAAACCUUUUGCGGGUAGUAGUAUAAACAAAUAAUAGCAUGAUUUGUACGUGAUAUUUGGCAUAAAUACAACUCGUGAUAUUUCAAAAUUGUCUCAAAUUUCACUCGCCUAACGGCUAAUGAAAUUACGUAAAACAAUUUUGAAAUAUCACUCGUGGUAUUUAUGCCAAAUAUCAAUACAAAUCAUGCUAUUACCUAUACUAAUAAACGGCCCUAAAUGUAAUAACAUUUGACCUGCUUUAAAUGUAUUGACGUCAUGCUAACGUCAUCAAUGACGGAAGUAACACUUCAUUAACCAACUAACGGCCACGUGAUCUAUCCCAGCCAUCUGUCACGAAAACCAGUCACCUCAUUGUAAACCACAUGACUAACUCAUUAUAACACCCACGUGACUGAUAAAAGUCAAUCACUUGACUUCUUAGCCUUGGUCAAUGUACUAUCUAUUAUUUGCCCCCUUUUCUCUUUUUAGUAGAAAUGAAAACGCGACGGCAGUGAGGACGGCGCGCGCGGAUUAAGCACCCGAAGUUGCGUUUUGUCCUUUCAGUAAUCUUGUGCCCAGAUCUCACUGUCUCUAGUUCCGUAAUAAAAGAGAUCUUUGUUUUUCCUUGGCCAUGGGAGAUCUGGGUAUGAGAUUAUCCUUUCCGCUCUCAUAUGUCAUCGUGCUGGAUUCAAGGGAAUGAGAUUGUGAAGAUGAUGAUGAUGAUGAUGAUGUCACGCUUCAUACGUAAUAUGCUAAUGAAUAUACUUCAGAUACCUAAACACUUCAAGGCAACAUUUAUAGGAGAGGAACGUUGCAUGACAAGUUAAAAACGGUUGAGUAAGAGACUAGCCUCGAGACAGGAUUCACUGAACACCCCAUAAGCCACGUUUGGACUAAAACCAACAUAUAAUGAUGACCUUUGUUUUCCAAAAAUCACUAAACUGUGCUCAUAGUAUCAAUUUAUGGUUUCUUUUGUAGAAUAGUUGAUGGGAAACUGCAAGUCAAAACUAUACUUCCAGGACUAAAGGUUGAGUACUCAACAGAUAAUGGCCUGACGUGGAGCGAUGUGACUGAGAAAACUAAAGUAGAUGGUGUAGUUCUCUUAAGAUCUAGG